AUGCCAUCCGAAAGUCUCAAGUGGAAAAUCCCACCAAGAGAUGUUACCAAGAACUUAGGAUUUGACAAUACUUUUACUGUACCACAGUCUCAAGAGGAUAAUCCCACCAAGAGACACUACCAAGAAGAACUAGAACAUGAUAAUGUUCUUACUGUGCUCCCCUAG